AGAUAAUUAUUUGUGUGUCAUCAUGAGUUGUAUGUAAUAUGCACAUCAUUUUCAAUGGAUACAUAUAGUAUCAAUGCGAUUGUCAUAAGAGUUGAUCUGUGAUUUUUCUAAUAAUUUUUACAAGAUUUCUUGGUUCAGUGUAGAUUUUAGAAAGCCAUAUUUUUAGUUGACAAAUCCAACUUUUUAGACAAGGUAUCCUGUUUAAGAAUCAAAAAAUGUCCUCGCCUACGCGAUUUCAUCUACUUCAAGACAUUGAUGGCUACAACCCAGACACACUUGAUCUUCACCAGGAUGCAGAGGCAAAAGAAUACUGGUUCAAUUGUUUUUACAAACUUGUGUUGAAAUUUGAACAACAAGCAGCCAAAAGCCAAAUUUCUGAUAAUACGGCGGUAGACCGUGCUGCUAAAUAUAGGAAACAUUAUUUGGCUCAACUGAACCAGUUAAAGCAAGAAGAUUGUAGUUUAAAUAAACGACCACUGUCUAUUCGAAAUUUGUUAGAACUCAAUGAGUCAACACUUAGGAUGUUCGGAUUUGAUGAUCCGUGGAAGGAUCAGAAACGAAUUGAGAAUUCAGGGUCCAUCAGAAAGCUAAAUGCUCGGCUUCAACAACUUGAUCAACUGGAAAGUAUGACUGGAAAAUGGAUCGAAAUUGUCAAAGGCGUAUUGGCAGGUAAUAUGUUCGACUGGGGAGCGCAAGCUGUUUCUCAAAUACUUGAAAGUGACGCCAAUUUCGGAUUGAAAGAGGCUCUAGAACGCAUACAAAAACGUCCCUGGCUAAUUGAUUGUUUGGAUCAGUGGCUGGAAAGAAUGCAGGGCUCUCCGCAUAGAUGCGCAACGAUCUUCACUGAUAACUCAGGUAUUGACAUAGUACUGGGUAUAAUUCCUUUGGUGAGAGAACUGUUACUGCGCCAAACGAAAGUGUUACUUUGCGCCAAUACCAACCCCGCACUGAAUGAUAUCACUUAUAAUGAACUGAAGGAAGUAAUUACACAAUGUUGCACCGAAUGUGAAGUUAUCAGUGAUGCUUAUGAUACUGGCAUGUUGAAAAUCCUUGGCAAUGAGCAAAAUGGCCCAUGUCUUGACUUCAGUCUCAUGACACCUGAUUUGUGUGACGAGAUUGCAGAAAGUGAUUUGGUUAUUAUCAUUGGAAUGGCAAGGGCGCUCCAUACAAACCUCAAUACAAAAUUUACCUGUGAAACUUUGAAACUAGCCGUCGUAAAAAAUGAGUGGCUUGCAAAACGUCUCGGUGGAGAAACAUUUUCUGUAAUUUGCAAAUACGAAAAUGUAUGAUAUCGUCUGAUCUACCGGCAUGCUCGCAUAUAUCAAUAGAGAAAUACACAGGAAAAAAACAAUGUCUUCUUGUUCGUUUGAACCCAUUAAAAAUAAACGAAUGGUUAUACAACGAA